AAGAAAGGUACUUAGACUUCCUCUUACAUGAUCUUCUGUGCCUAGGACGAGUAAUGGGAAGAGUACAGUGGUCAAUGCCAUGCUGAGGGACCGGGUGCUGCCCAGUGGAAUGGGUCACACCACCAACUGCUUCCUGAGUGUGGAGGGCACGGACGCGGACCACGCCUACCUCAAGACCGAGGGCUCAGAGGAGGAGAAGAGCAUCAAGACUGUGAACCAGCUGGGUCACGCUCUGCACAUGGACGAGAGUCUGGACGCAGGCUGCCUGGUCCGAGUAUUUUGGCCCAAGACCAAGUGUGCCCUGCUCAGAGACGAUCUGGUUCUCGUAGACAG